GUAUUCUCUCAGGAUCCCCGCCGCAUUCUGGGAAGCCUAGGGCAGACUGGGAGCCAAGCAGCGAGUCCGAAAUCCCAGAUCCUCGCCGUGCCGCCCCCGACUAGACCAGUGUUCCCCCUCCGACCGCCCUCCACUCCCCACGUUAGUUCAGAGUCUUUUCCUUUUCACAACCCUAGAAUGACUCAAUGCCUCAUUUCCUGUUCCCUCAAAAUAAGAAGGAAAAACUCUAUAGAUUCGGCCUCAUUAAACCGACUAGUCCCCCACCUAGACCCCUACCACGGCUUCCGGCCUUAUUCGGCAUUGAUACUCUCACAAACAGGCCAGGUCCCUGAGUGUUGUUUGCAGACUCAGUAGCCCAUCCCGCUGCUUAGCAGCUAUCCUUAUCUGAGCCUUGUAUUCCAAGACAGGAAGAGAAGACCGGGUCGAGACAAAACCAGAAAAUGUACAAUAGGCAGUUCCUCCCAAGGAGAUGUCGAUUCCAUUCUCCAACACCCACUACCGAAUUCCACAAGGAUUUGGGAAUCUUCUUGAAGGGCUCACACGCGAGAUUCUGAGGGAGCAACCGGACAAUAUACCAGCUUUUGCAGCAGCAUAUUUUGAGAAUCUUCUAGAGAAAAGAGAGAAAACCAACUUUGAUCCAGCAGAAUGGGCGACUAAGGUAGAUGACCGCUUCUAUAACAACCAUGCAUUCAAGGAGGAAGAACCACUGGAGAAAUGUGAGCCUGAAAAGGAAAAGUCUCAGACAUCUAUGGAAGAGGUGACAGCCUUAAAUGAAUCUUCUGAAAAAGACAAGGACAUGGAGGAAAAUGCUGCUAUCAAAAUCCAAGCAGCCUUCCGGGGACACUUAGCCAGAGAGAAGGUAAAGAAAAUGAAAUCGAGUGAUCUUCAAGAAAAAACAGAGGAAAACGAGUGAGGAGGCUGGCUUUACACCCCAGAAAACACGAAAAAAUCCAAAUCCAUCAACCUUGUUGUGACUGUCUUAUUUUUCUUAAUAAGUGAGAUUUGAGGUAGUGAAAUAACAUUUGUUGCUGUUGUGAAAAUCUGUCGCGAGCAUGUGUUUAAUAAACAUGCCAUUGAACCCA